CCGCGUGGCCGCAAGGCGAAACAACAACGUGUAGGCGACGGUCCGACCAAUGCAACGGGGAUGGCGGCGCUUGGCUGCUUUAAUCAACAUUAAUUGUCCGGAAUGUAUUUUUUUUUUACAGUGUGUUUUAAUUUUGUUGACGCAAAGAGGGCGUUGCCAUUAGCGCGCGACUUUUCUUUUUGUCCAGCGUUUUGCAGUCACUGCAGCAACAAACAAAAACCUUAUUGUGGUCCACCUCAAGGAGGACACCGUCACCUCUGCUUCGACUGAAUCCGCAUCAUCGCCCCAAACCGGGUCAGAGACGACCCUCGGAGCCAGGCAGCGCCUACUAAAGAGAAGCAGACCUGCACACUGUACAGUUAGACAUGACGAGCAGAGGCGCUAACGGACCACAGCUAGCUAGUUAGCCGAGUCCGCUACGUCAAGAACUUUGUUGGCAAGCUACCGUUAUCAACUCUGGAUAUCAGUGUUUUAGUAGUGAGUGGUUCUGGUCAACGUUUCCACGUUAAAUGUUGUCAUCGCUGUCGGAAUAACUCGGUACGGGAUAUAAACUCGGGUCAUAAUGCACGUUGUACUUGGGGAAAAAGUGAGAUAACUUCUAGCUAGCCAUGCUAGUUUUCUUAACGUGACUCACUUGCUGUCAAUGUAUAGUACCGCAGCAUCGGGUGUUGUCUGUCGCACCUUCGCUGAGAAGCUGCUGAUGACUCGUCAGUGACCAAAAGGACAAAGAAACCCAAGAAACGAGACGAUUUUAAUUGACAGGAAUCCCGGUGACUUUGAUUCCUGUGAUACUGUGAUGGGGUCUCUGAAGGCUCUCCAGGAGUGGUGUCGCAUACAGUGCGAACACUACAACGACGUGGAAGUGAAGGACAUGUCCACGUCCUUUCGGGACGGUUUGGCGUUUUGUGCCAUAAUCCAUCGUUACAGACCAGAACUGAUUGACUUUGGCUCGCUGUCCAAAGAGAAUGUGUACGAGAACAACCGACUGGCCUUUGAAGUGGCAGAGACACAGCUGGGCAUCCCGGCCCUGCUGGACCCAGAAGACAUGGUGUCCAUGAAAGUGCCUGACCGUCUCAGCAUCAUCACAUACGUCUCCCAGUACUACAACUUCUUCAACAACAAGUCUCAAGCAAACCCCCCGUGCGUGAAAAGGCUGAGUUCUGUUGGUCAUAAUGAGCCGACCCAGAAAAGGCCACCGACCCCUUUGGAAGACAAAGUGGUUGAGUCUGAGCCGAGCCAGCCCGCGCAGACGGGCGAAGAAGCGGUUGCAGCAGUCAGGCGCAGCACGCUCAGCAGCACCUGUGCCGCCUGCCAGAAACAUGUUCACCUGGUGCAGAGAUUUCUGGUGGACGGCAAGCUCUAUCAUCGCAACUGCUUCAGGUGCACAGAGUGUCGCAGCACUUUGCUUCCUGGAUCCUACAAAUUAGGAAGCAACUCCGGGGCCUUGGUCUGUACACAUCACCUUGCCAGGCAUGCUUUAGCCAAUCAGAACGGCCGGCCAGAUUUUAGUAAGAGAGCAGUGGUAGGUCAGUCGGCCAGGAUCGGUCGCAGCACAAUCCCUCACACCUCGCUCUCUGACGGGGAACAGACUGCUCCUCCAGUAAGCCAGACAGAGGAAGCGGAUGUGCCUGCUGAUGACUCUGUCACAGCCACUGCUGUUACAACAAAUGGAGCAGAUUCUUUGGAGAAAGCGAAGGUGAUGGAUGGCAGUGGAGAGACAGAGGGGAUACCUCGUUCUUCUUCUCCUCCAAACCCUUUUGAUGAGAGCGAUGAAGAAGAGGUGGAGGAAGAGGAAGAUACUAAAACACCAGCCAAGUUAACGAUCAAUGGGGACCUCCCUUCUAUGCCGAUCAGUCAAAAUGAAGGUGCCAGUCGGCCAGUACCGGCUCCUCGCCGGGUCUCUGAACCCGCCCCUCCUCCUCGCCCUGCCCCUCGGGUUCGGUUACCCCGUACGGCAGACCGCCUUACAGCCGGUGAAUGCCAGAAGCCUCCGAUUCCUCCCAAACCUCGAGAAAGAUCACGGUCUCCUGGAAGCCUGUCUAGUGCCACCCAUAAACCCAAAGACCCACCUUGGCUCGCCCUGGUCCAAUCAGAACCCAGGAAGAAGAAAGCCCCUCCCCCUCCCCCUGCAGGACUGGCAACCCCUCCCAAUAUAGGCUCUCUGUCCUCUCUCAAAGGGGAGGGCUCCAGACCCAGCACACCCCCUGCACCCGCCAACCCAUUCGAGGACGACGAGGAUGAUGACGAAGAUCAAAAUGACGAGGCAGCGGAAGAAGAGGGCAGCGGAGGAAGUGCAAUUCCACCCACAGUGGUGGCUACUCACCCGUGGUACAGCAUCACUCAGGCAGCUGACGCGACAGGUGCAGACACUCCCCCGAGUGGAGGGAGCUCAUCCCGCUCUGCGAGCCCCGGCAGCGCCAAGAGCAAGAAACGUCUGGCACCACCACGGCCACCUGCAGGUCACCACGUUCUCUCUCACUCUCAGCCCUCCUCUUGCUCUCCCUCUCCAGCUCUCAGCACAGAGAGUCUGUCCUCUGGCUCUGACCGCAGCUCCUCCCAUCCCCAGUUGGGUGGCAGUGCCAGCAGCGACCAGGAACACGCCUUCACCAAAAGUGUGUCGGAGCCUUCCAUCUGUUCACCGUGCGACUCUACGCCGUCUCCUUCCUCCUCCUCAACCGAGCGUCUGCCUCAUCCUUCCCUGAGCCCCUACCCUUCUCCCAUGCCGUCAAAUGCCAGCUCAGCUCCAGCUACCCCGCAGCCCAGUCGCAGCUUUGGGACCAAAGGGGCCGUAGACCCUCCACCACGACCCCCGACGACCCCCAGUCCAUUGGCCUCAGGAGCCCCCCAAUCACACAAUAAGCGGAUCUGUAAAGAGAACCCGUUCAACAGGAAAGCUUCUCCCUCCCCUGCUAAAUCUAAAACCAAACCACCAAAAGGCCCCCGUCCUGCCAGACCCCCGGCCCCCGGCCAUGGCUUCCCUCUUAUCAAACGCAAGGUGCAGUCAGACCAGUACAUCCCAGUAGAGGACAUCCAUGGGGAGAUGGGGCAGCUGGAGAAGCAGCUGGAUGAGAUGGAGCAGAGGGGAGUGGAGCUGGAGAAGAAGCUGAGAGACAACCCCAACGAUGAGGAUGAGGAGCACCUGUUGGUGGACUGGUUCACUCUCAUCCAUGAGAAACAUCUUCUAGUGCGACGAGAAGCUGAGCUCGUCUACACAGCGAAGCAGCAGAACCUGGAAGAGAGACAAGCUGACGUGGAGUAUGAGCUGAGGUGUCUUCUCAAUAAACCAGAGAAAGACUGGACAGAGGAGGACAAAGGCCGGGAUCAGGAGCUGAUGGCUGAGCUGGUUACCAUCAUUGAACAGCGCAACCAAAUAGUUAACAACAUGGACCAGGACAGGCAGAGGGAAGAAGAGGAGGAUAAACUUAUGGAAGCCAUGCUGAAGAAGAAAGACUUCCAUAAGGAUCCGGACGUCGACCAGCAGAAGAAAAAAGGGAAAAAGUUCAAACCCAUCAAGGUGCUCAAGCGUCUGAGCCAUAAAGGAGAACCAGGCAAGAGCCACAGCCCCCGCAAGGAGAAGACCCCAUAGCAAGAACCAACCUCCUCCGAGAGCAUACCAGACGGUUUUAACGACGGUGUCCACAUCAUGCCUUUUUCUGAGCGGCAGCGGCUUUUUUUUAAUUUAUUUUUUUUAAUUGUUCUGAAUGAGGAGGGAGCGUGUGAUGCGGCCACCUACAGGAAAGACGUCUCUUUUUUCUGUGCGACCGCUCCGAGAGCUUCAAGUUGAAAACCUCUGAACUUUUCAGAAAAGCCCUCAUGACCUUACUGUAGUGAAUGGAGGGGAAGCUUGUUGUCUGUCUAUCCUGAGCUUUAUAUAUCAGACUCUCACUAUCAUAACAAAGACCCAAAAGCCCGUUUAGGAGCAGAUUGGCAAAGUGUUGUGCUUUUAUUACUGUACGCCUCGUGUCGCCUUGCUCUAACGUUACGUAACAUGGAGACACGCUCAUCAAUACGAAGUAUAAAGUAGACAUCCUCAUGGGGCAAAACAAUGUAAAACAAAUAUACAGCAGACCAAAUAGACAAUAACGUCUUCAUUGAAACGCUCCCCAGCGCCCUGCGGCCGCUCUGUGGACACGAGCCCCAAGACGAAUAUAAACACACCAGAUCAAGAGGAUGAGAUGAGGUCACCUUUAACUGUCAUUAAUGACUCUGAAUAACCAGAAUCCGCUCACAUCUCACUUGACGCUUCUCCAGAAAGUCUCUUCAGUGACCUCUCGGUUGCCUUUAGUGUUUUAAAGAGACGAUUCAACAUGUCGCGAUGCUUUAGGAGCGGACGUGCUCGUGAGCUCUCUGGCCUUUCAUUCGGGUGAACUGUUGUAUGUUGCUUCACCGUCCUUGCGUUGCAGAGCUUGUGUGUCCUGUAGGCCCGUGUCCAGGUUCAGCAAAGGUGCGACUCGACGGUUCACUUUGAAUGAGGUCAGUUGGAUGCGAGUGGAUCCCUGAUACGAGUUUGUAAUCUGUUCCCGUCUUAUAACUGUGUCUCCUGCUUCCAAAGUCUAGCAGCUGGAUAUGUGAGCGGGUUUGAGCCUGUGGUACGAGUGAAAGUUUAAAAACGAUUUAAGAUGAGCUCUGCUUUAAAUCUAGCCAAUUCUGCCCUUAAAAUGCUCGAUGGACAAUGAAUACCGAAGCUCUUCUAGCUGCUCUGUUGUGAUCGUCUUUGGUUUCCUUGUUAACUUUCUGCUGUGAUAGUUUUGCAAUGGCGUCUUUUUUUGUAAAUGCAUAUCAUGAAAGACGUGGAUGAACAAAGUGGGAGACUCAAAAUCAGAUUGAUUUAGAAAAUAUGAGGCAUGAAGAAGAGCAGAUGUCAGAAGGUUUAUUAAUAAGAAAGUUCACAAUAAUGAACAUUAGAAAAGGCAGAUAAACUGUAUUUUAACAACUGUAGCGAAGCACCAGCUUAUAACAGUUUUAACCUGAAUAUGCAAAUCACUAAUUUAUAUUUUACGACGCCUUUCUGUAUGUUUCCAUGUUUUGCCUUAACAGUAUCGGAAAAAAUGUGUUAAUAUUGUUUGUACGAGUGCCAUUUAUUUAAUUACAUAUGUGGAUAAGUGUCAUUUGUUCGUCUUAUGUAAAUGUCAGUAUGUUUACGGUUUUAUCAGUUUCUGUCUUUGUCCUCCAUUUUAAAUGGUCAUGUCUGUGUCUGUCUCCAUGUCCUGAAGCAGGAAACAAACUGACACUGGAAGGCGGAGGAUUAUAAUAAUUGAAUGCAAGCUGUUCAUGUUUCUUAUAAAUCAAAUGCCUUCACAGCCUGACAUCACAGUUUUGACUUUAUAUUGUUUUAUGUAACUGCUUAUAUGCUUAUACAGUGCAGCCAGUCAGCUGUGAGCUCUUCAGUCUCUUCAUCACUACUGCUCUCAUUACGUCACACUAAACCCCGCCCACAACCUGACUCUGAAGUCUCAGAUUCUUCUGCCGUUGACAUUAUACUCUGAAGCCUCCUCUUCUCCUUCUCCAAGUCUCCUAGGAACGUGAAACACAAGAAAUGAGUUAAAAGGAGAAAUAGUUGUCAGAACACAUGAAGAACAGUGUCGGCUUGAAGAACACACUCGAGGGACCGGCGUGGAACUGUUCUCUGGCGUAGCUGUUCCCAGAGCGACAGGCUUCAGCGGUGCGUCUCUGAGGCAGACGAUCCUGGACAGAUUUAGUGGUUUUAGGAUUAGUGGGGGAAGCUGAGGAUGCGGGGUCAGAGGUCAGUGGUGAAGCUGCUCCGUCUGAGGAGAAAGUAAAACACAUUAAGUGUUUUAUGCUAAAUGAUUCAGGAAAUACAAGAGCACCCAAUCAUAUCUUUGAAUCACGAUAUGAUAUAAUCUGGAUUUCUAGCAGUAUGUCACGCUGAGUUUUGCAGUAAUAUGUGGGAAACACUUUAUCACAUUAAAAUAGCAACAAGUG